AGCGUGCUGUCCGACCAAUCUUCACUCUCGUGUGAACAGUAGUUUAGGACGAAGCGUGCGAACGAGUUAAAUAUAGAAUUGUAAUUUAUAAAUCGGUGUACAAAGAAAAACAAUCGUUCGGAUGUGUACAUGUGCACCUGAGAAAAUAUUGUUAAAUCUUCGCCGUCCGAAACACGAGCUUUGUUUUUUUUUACUUCAACUCAACCGUCGAUUCGAAUAGUUUAUUUUUUUUAAAUAUAGAUAUUUUUGUUUGUUUUUGUUUGCUCCGUUAGCGCCAAAUUGCAUCGAUCAUCAAUGUCCGGCUCGUUUCGCGUUUAAAUUCGUUUUACGCGUGUCCCGGCGAGUGCAUGGCCUGCGUUACAACUGUAAAUGUCACAAACUUUCAAUAGCCGAUUAGUCCUCAGCCUCGUCCGUCCAUAGCCCACGCGCAUCGCCUGAAGAAGUCGCUCGCUAUUUGGAUACACAUUCUAAGCAUCUGAAGCACACGAUGGUCCGUCCCAACGAAAUCGUCGUGCUCGCGUUAAUGUCGAUUGCAUGUCUAACGCACAAAGGACUAUGCGAAGAAAGGCGGCAAAACGGCGAAUUCAAAUGCCCCGAGGAGUUUGGAUAUUAUCCACACCCCAACGACUGUUCUCAAUACUAUGUAUGCGUGUUCGGUGGUCCUCUUUUGGAAUCGUGUACCGGUGGACUAAUGUACAGUCACGAGCUACAAACGUGUGAUUGGCCGCGUAACGUGGGAUGCGGCGCUGAAACAACUGCCAGUCAAUCGGAUAACCAAGAAAACGCUUUGGCGCUGACGCGGUCGUCGCCUGACCGCCAGAGACAUCCGUCGGCACAACCCCAGCGAGCCACGCCGACCCUAUUCGGCAACCAGCAGACCCAUCGAGUUCAACAGGCCCAAGAACAACGUCAAGUCGACGACCAACUGGCUAAACAACAACAACUGUACGAAGAAGAGGAAUACGGAGCGAUCGAAGACGACAGCGAUAGGCAACAGAGAGUGUACAGAGGACAGCCGUCGACGCUGGGUCAAGUAGCCAGAGACAGAGACGGUCUGACUAAACAUAGAAAUGUGAUAACGCCAUUCGCGGGAGUAGAAAAGAACAAACAGUUCCAAUUGCCAAAUCAAAACUUCAGAAACGAUACGAAGCAACACCGCGUUAAACAACGUUUUAAAAGACAGACCCGACCAAGCCACGACGGAAAGACAAGACCGAGACCGACUGAGAUGACAUUGUCGACAACCAAUUACGCUUUGCGCAAAUUACCCAAACACUACCAGGUACCCAGACCUUCGUCUUACGUACCCAUAACAAACUCAGACAAUUCGCAAAAACACAAGCGAUGCUUGUACAAAUCCCAAAGAUACCCGGGACUUUUGAUCCCUUGUCCGUCUUCUCGUUUUCGGGUACCGCCGUCACUGCGUUCACGUGAUAACGAGGACGAUCAGUCCGCGGACGACGAGAGUUCUAGAGACAACGAAGAGACUGUCGACGACAAAGGCGAGUACGCCGAUUAUCCGGAAAACGAAAACCAAGAGGAAUACGAAGAAGAGGAAAAUCCUCAGUCGCACAAUGCCGACCAAGCAUUCGAGCACUUGGUCAACCGAGUGAGGUGCAAGAACAAAAACUGCGACAGCGACGAACCCGGGGGCCAGGAAGAGGACGCCCGGAACAACCAGGAAGAAGACGAUGGCGGUGGCGGGGAAAACCAAGAAGGGAACGUCGAAGAAGAGGAGAGCCAAGAGGGAUCGCCCGACGACAAAGCGGAAGAAGAGGAGGGAGAAGACGAAAAACACGAGCGCCCUCAGAAACACAAGGCCAAGCCAAAGCCGCCGAGCCCGAAAGCGGUAAACGCGAUGAAACCUUUGACGAUCGCUCAUAACUAUAAGCCGGCCAACUUCACCAAAAUCAAAAGGAAACCUACUCCGCCGCCUCCACCUCCUCGUCCCCAUCACCACCCGCAUCAUCCCAAAUUGACAGCUUACGACGACCGGGACAAAGGCGAGGCCCAAGAAGCGGAAGAGGAAGACAGCCAAGAGAGUAGCAGGCAAGAGGACGUGGAAGAGUACAACGAAAACGACGAGCUGGCCGACGACGAGUAUUACUACGACGACGAGGACUACGAUGCGCCGCCGAAAAAACCCAAAAUACCGCAAAAGCUGAUCGGCAUCGACGGCAUGAAGUUCGACCACGAAGGAGACGAACCUUCCGAGAGCAUCUACAAGAACACCGUACUUAAAAACGUCUCGAAAACCGGAGACGCGCACAAACCGUACGAUACGGGAUCGACGGUGGUCAACUCGUAUGACACCUUACCGCAAAGGCCCAGACCGUACGACUCGGCCGCCGAAGCGUAUUCUCGAAUAAAAGACAAAAACAGACCUCACGACCAGCAGACCGCCAUGCAAAUGACGGUCCGCGACACUACUGUGGCAUUAAAUUUACUUGAAGAACAAACGACUAAACACAAAGUGCCCAAAAUUAAUACUGACUGGACGACGGUGUCGGCUGUAAAAAAAUACACGCCGAGACCGACUGUCCGACCGAACAUCCUACAAAGACCACAACAGAUCUCUGUUCCGUCUUACGCGAUUGAACAGACGGUGCCACUUGUGACCACAUCUAAAACCACCGCUUCCACAGUUACCCGCAAUGCAUCACAGCAGUACGACCCUACUUUCUAUAAUGUUUACGAUGACGACUCCGAAGUUUACAAGGACGUUGACUACGGUCAGUUCACACUUUCGUCGGUGAAUAACAACAACAGGCUUAAACCUCAACCGGACACGUUUAGAGUAUCCGUACCAAUACCCCCUCAACCCACGCCGAGAUACCAAGCUAACACAUUUCUGCCAGAGUAUAACCUUAAAAUCACUGAGGAAGAACCUCAACGGGAUCAACAGACCAAAGCUACCUACAGAGGCCGAGUGAGGGGAAGUGCAACAUACACGACGGCAAGCAGCAAUGAUAUCGACAGGGGUACACCUUUAGCUGGGAGAACGCGUCCUACAUUGAAACCGUCAACGUCGAUUGUUAGCAAAGCGUCUGAAUUCGUAGAUGUUUACAAGUAUCCGCCUAAAAGACCCGACCCAAUUUAUCCGACUCCGCAGCCCGACAAAACCGCAGCCAAGUGUCGCAAAGACGUUUGCCAAUUACCCGAUUGCAGCUGUGGCGGCAAAGAAAUUCCAGGUGAUUUAUCGCCUGAAGAAACACCGCAAAUGGUCUUGUUGACUUUCGACGAUUCCGUGAACGACUUAAACAAAGGACUUUAUGCUGACUUAUUCGAAAAAGGCAGAGUGAACCCCAACGGUUGUCCGAUAAGCGCUACUUUCUACGUGUCUCACGAAUGGACGGACUACAGUCAAGUGCAGAACUUGUACGCAGCCGGACACGAAAUAGCGUCUCAUUCAGUAUCACAUAGUUUUGGCGAACAGUUUUCGCAAAAGAAAUGGACCAAGGAAAUCGUCGGCCAGAGAGAAAUCCUUUCGGCUUACGGUGGAGUCCGACAAGAAGACGUUAGGGGAAUGAGAGCACCGUUCUUGGCCGUCGGAGGUAACAAAAUGUUCAAAAUGUUGUACGACAGUAACUUCACGUACGAUUCGUCCAUGCCCAUUUACGAGAACAAACCACCUAGCUGGCCGUACACGUUAGAUUAUAAAUUAUUCCACGACUGCAUGAUACCACCCUGCCCCACCAGAUCAUACCCAGGGGUAUGGGAAGUACCCAUGGUUAUGUGGCAAGACUUAAACGGCGGAAGGUGUUCUAUGGGUGAUGCUUGUAGUAAUCCUCCGGACGCUGAUGGAGUACACAAGAUGCUAAUGAAAAACUUUGACAGACAUUUCACGAGCAACAGAGCACCGUUCGGUUUGUUCUAUCACGCAGCUUGGUUUACCCAACCCCACCACAAGGAAGGAUUCAUUCGGUUCUUGGACACUAUCGUGGACAUGCCUGAGGUGUGGGUCGUCAAUAACUGGCAAGCGCUCCAGUGGGUCAGAGAUCCGACUUCCAUAUCUAGAUUACAAUCAUUUUCGCCUUUCCAUUGUGAUUUUUCGGAGAGGCCAAAGAAAUGUAACAACCCAAAAGUCUGCAAUCUGUGGCACAAAUCCGGAGUUAGAUACAUGCGUACAUGUCAACCGUGUCCCGACGUUUAUCCAUGGACGGGAAAGACUGGAAUUAGGAGUAGUCGGAUUGACGACGGAUCCGAGUGACGACAUCAUUUUGACAAAGGCCAAAAAUUUGUGUUAGGACAUAAUUAUACUUUUUUUACGAAUAAAUUAUGAACAAUCAUUACUAUUAAAAAACAUGUGAACACUUUUUCACGUUGUCGAUCACACGGUAUCAUUUACACGACGUUGAAAAACUGUAUACAUGUACAACAAACAACAAAAUAUCCAAAUACCAGCUCAAUAAAAUAUCGUUAGCCACAAUUUUGCCAAUUGGUGUACGUUCAUAUUGUUUUACAUCCGCGAAUAUUUAUUAAAAACCAAGCAAUAUCUAAAAAUAUUUCCCAUCCAACCCGCCCCCUCCCCCAUAAAUGUUAAGUAUUGUAUAAAAUUUAAUAAUCUUACACACGCGAGUAAAACGACUAUAUUGUAAGUAUUUGUGUAAUACUGUUACCUAAGUUAAGUACUAUAUAAAAAUAAAUAUCUAAUGAAAAAAUA